CAACGCUGUUUCCAAACAUACAGACCAAGCGCUGACGUAAACGUGUGUGACUUGUGACCAUUUUGAAUUUUGGUUCUGUUUGUAUGUAUUUUGAACUGGUAUAAGUGACCGGAAUUAGUGUAUCAUUUUGAAUUGUAAUAGAUAACAAUCAGAAAAGAUGCCUCCUGUUCCUCUUGAAGUAACAGGUAACACCAAUGAGGAGCCAGGACCUAUUAAUCCAGUGGUGGGAAUAAUCUACCCGCCACCUGAGGUGAGGAAUAUCGUCGAUAAAACUGCAAGUUUCGUAGCUAGGAAUGGCCCAGAAUUUGAGGCUCGUAUCAGGCAGAAUGAGUUGGGAAACCCUAAGUUCAACUUCCUCAAUACUGGGGAUCCAUAUCAUGCAUAUUACCAGCACAAAGUUAAGGAGUUCAAAGAGGGAAGAGGUCAAGAACCAUCAGCAGCACUCAAUCAAGCUAUCUCAAAACUAUCUGUUACUCCAGCAGCUCAGCAAAAGCAACAGGAGAUCUUGAAACAAGUAGAGCAGCCUUUUGUCCCAAAAGAUCCUCCCCCAGAAUUUGAGUUUAUUGCAGAUCCCCCUUCAAUCUCUGCCCUUGAUUUGGACAUUGUAAAACUUACAGCACAGUUUGUAGCUAGAAAUGGAAGAGCAUUUUUGACACAGCUUAUGAAUAGGGAACAAAGAAAUUUCCAAUUUGACUUCUUAAGACCUCAACAUUCUUUAUUCCAGUAUUUUACCAAGCUACUGGAACAGUAUACAAAGGUUUUGAUUCCCCAAAAGAGUAUGCAACAAAAACUCAGAGAUGAGGCAAAAAGUGCAAGGGCUGUUUUGGACCAAGUCAAAUACAGAGCUGAAUGGCACAAGUAUCAAGAAGCUCAAAAGGCUAAGGAGGAAGAAAUAUUAGAAAGAGAAAGAGUUGCAUAUGCUCAAAUCGAUUGGCAUGAUUUUGUGGUUGUUGAAACUGUGGAUUAUCAACAAUAUGAGAUUGGAAACUUUCCUCCGCCAACUACUCCGGAAGAAGUUGGUGCUCGAAUUUUGAUCCAAGAACGUAUUGAGGAUGGUGAGGACAUUGAAAUGCAACUUGAAAGUGAUGAUGAAGAAACUGAGAAGGAUGAAGGUCUUAGUACCAUGCAAGACAAAACAAAUAGAAAGGGUAGAGAUGAUAAUCGCGUCCAAGAUAUGGAAGAAGAAAGUUCUGAGGAGGAAGAUGAUGAAGAAGGUGAUAGGGCACCUGCACCACCUACAAUUCAACCUCCCCUACCUCCAGCUCCUGAUAAGGUUCUGGUGAAGAAAUAUGAUCCCAAACAAGCUGUCAAGGUGGCGCGUCCGACAGUUGGUGAUGACUACCUGGUGUCACCAAUCACUGGAGAGAAGAUCCCAGCAAGCAAAGUACAGGAGCACAUGCGCAUUGGUCUGUUAGAUCCACGAUGGGUGGAGCAAAGAGACAAGCAGAUCACAGACAAAAUGAACCAGGAAACAGUGUAUGCUGCAGGGUCAGCUAUCGAUGCAUCCUUGAAAUUGCUGGCUGAGAGACGUACUGAUAUUUUCGGUGUCGGAGAUGAGGAAACUGCCAUUGGUAAGAAGAUUGGCGAAGAAGAUGUGAGAAAAGACGAGAAAGUUACCUGGGAUGGUCAUACAAGCAGUGUGGAAGCAGCUACAAGAGCAGCAAGGGCAAACAUUACGUUGGAAGAACAGAUUCAUCAGAUUCACAAGGUGAAAGGAUUGCUUCCAGAUGAAGAAAAAGAAAAAAUCGGACCCAAAAAUAUCGGGUCAAAAGGCAAAAUCAGUGCACCACCACAACCUCCUAAGCCUCAAAAUCCUCCACCACCACCGCCAGUGAAACCACCGGUGUCAGUGGCUCCACCACCCAUGAGUAUGCCUGUACCACCUCAGCCUACAUUGUUGCCACCUCAACCACCUUUGAUGAUGAUGGCCGCUCCUCCAAUGCCCCCAAUGAGACCGCCUCCAAUGAUGAUGGCUCCUCCGCCGCCAAUGGGUUUUGUACCUCAAAUGCCUCCGAUGGGUCCACCUGUCGGUAUGCCCAUAAAACAUCCGAAUGACGGUACCCAAGAAGAUGAACCCAGCAACAAGAAAAUGAGGAAUGAAGAUUCUUUGAUACCUGAAGAAGUCUUUAUGUCCAGGAAUCCGAACCCGGUCAAUGUGAAGGUUACUAUCCCAAUGAUGCCAGAAAAGUCGGAAUGGAAACUGACUGGACAGAUGAUGAGCUUUACUUUGCCUUUAUCUGAAACUGUAGCUAACUUGAAGGCAAAACUGCAAGAUGAAACCAACAUGGCUCCCGCUAAACAGAAGUUGUUCUAUGAUGGAAUGUUCUUCAAGGAUUCGAACACAUUAGCUUAUUACAACAUUACAUCUGGAGCAUUGAUACAGUUGCAGAUCAAGGAAAGAGGAGGCAGAAAGAAGUGAAUCAUUGCAAUCUAUUCAUUCUACAUUCAUUUACAUAAUAAAAUCAUUAUUGUCUAGUAUAAGGAUUGUGAGUAAAACAAAUAUUCUGAUUCUCUGAUGCCCUUGUUUUUUUUUUUCUUUUAAGUAUUAUCAAAUUUCUCGUCAGGUAUUAAAAAAUAAUAAGUUCUCACUUGAAUUUUAUUUAUAACUAUAAACACAUUUAGAACUAUCUUAAAGCUAUGCUCUUCUGUUUCAAU